AUGCAUGGCAUGCUGGUCAUGAUCCACAUCGUCCUUUUUAUCUUUUGUGUCCUGGACUAUCCCCUUUUGUCUUUCACAUCAAAAAACAGCGAUUUCUUGUCUGCGAUUCUUAGUGCUUCACUGCAGGCGUUUUAUACUAUAUACACUGCUGUUCUGCUCUUCCUUACCCAACGGCUUGCGAUUUCGAGAACGCUCGUACGCCGUGUGAAACUGACGGCUGUUCAUGACAUCUCUGGCGCAUGGGCGGGCCUUGGCUCUGCACUCACUAGCGUCUGGCGACAAACUGACAUCCCCGCCUCACGGUGGACAACCUCUGCUGUGGCAAUCUACCUUGCGAGCAUAACCGGUAUGAAUAAUACCUCACCGUUUCCCACAACACUAGGAUGGCCACACGAUUCAUCGUACGGCAGUUUCACAAACCUAGGACCCAUCGCUGCAUCCCUACCAGUCAUCAAUCAUCUUGCUGAACUGGUGUUUCCAGGAUUAUCAAACACGACACUCUAUGACACCCUUACCUACAACCUUACAAAUGGUUAUGCGACAGGAAAUGUGACUGUGAAUGCGACAACAGUAACCUCGAGUUGUGGAUUGAUUCCAAAUGUGACAUACUCUGCAAAUACCAGCACAGCAAUCCUUCCGUUUGGACGAGAUUCUUUUAUGCUUAAUAUGAGCAUUCCGAGUCUUUGGCCUGACCAGAUACAUAUAAUUCCAUGGACGGAAUACGAAGAUUCUGAUGGUGACUCGGAAGACUCGGAGCUCGAUGGUAUCUAUAUUAUGAUCUCCACAUUAUUGGGGAUCGACCCUUCAGUACAAGACGAGGUCGCCGUAAACAUGACUUGGGCUAUCCCCAACAUUGUCACUCCAUACACCAUCCAGGUCUAUUUCGUAUAUUGCUCGUUGUCGGUGAACACUUCAUAUGGGGAGAUCGAUGCGAUGAGCAACAGUCUACUGAGUUCCGCGUCCAUAUCGCAGCCAUCUAUGCAAUGGGAAAUGUACUCAGAUUAUCAACUUGAAUCCGGGCAGUCGAAUACUAGUAGUUGGAAAACACAAAUCAGCAAGGCUUUGGCCACGAACUACAGCAGCGGGAUGGUGUUUGAGCGUACCCGCUCGCAAAUCAUUGAACCCUCUAUUGUGGACGAGUAUAUCAUGUCAUUGGUAGGCUUGAAUCUCGCCGAGGAAUAUACACAAUUCCGAGCCCACGGUGCUCUUCCGGUUACUAAUUUCACUUUGACACCGGAUGAACUAGAAUAUGCGGUUGCGAAAGUAGCUGCACAACUCAUCUGGCUAGCGGGACAAAUGGGCACAGCCAAUGGAGGAAUUGACCCUGGCAAUGGGUUGGCUCAUGCCACCCUAGCAGCCGCAUUUUCCAUGACUACUACCCUACAACUCAAUAUCAACCUUCUUCCGUUGGCUUUCGCGGCGUCUGCGUCGGUGAUCAUGCUGGGACUGGCUCUACAUAUGACCCGAGCAUUCGAUGCAUCGCACGACAGACAGGUCCGGGCUGCUAUCACAAACAUAGGUGUACUACAACUCUUAUGGUUGAGUCGUCGUUCAACCUCUAUCAAUGAAGUCCUGGAAGAAGUGCAACAUCCGACAGAGGCCAAUCUGCGUCGAGCAGGCAUGAUAGAUGUUUGUUUUUCGCAUAUAAUACCCGACAAAGGAGAGGUAGAGAGUUCAAUUGUCACCGAAAGUCUCACUCGUGAUGUCGAUCAGCGUCGUGAUGAUGAGGAAUGAUUUGGAUUUGAAAAUAGGGGAGUGGAAGGCUGCUGCUUAUGUGUUGUGUUUUUCCGUGGUUCAUACUACUCUGGUGCGGCGGUCCAUAUCAUGGUUGUUUUGUUUUUGGU